UAAAGAUAACUAAUCAAGAAAAUAACCAACAAAUGGAUCCACAGUGGAAAUAAUCGGUAGUUGCCGCCCUAAUAAUGUCUGAUUCUAUGUUUUUCUUUUCCUCUUCCUCUGUCAUGAUUUUGGUUUCCCAUUAGAGACAACCCACAGUGGCUUGUGGUUGUUUGCCUUUUCUAGAACACCAAAAGAGUGCCCUCUUGAAUCAAUUAUGAAGUCGGCUGGCUUGAGAAUAAAGUAAAUUAAUUAUGACCAAGUAAGAGUGAGUCUCUUACAGUGAUCACCUAAGGACACACAGAUGUCCUACAUUGCCGUGAUAUCCUGUUUCACAAAGCAGGAAAUACAGUCUGCCAUUGUGCCAGGUCUGGGUGAAGUUGUCUGUGCUCCACGUAGCAAACUCCACUUCCUGUAGCAGUUGACAGCUUGUCGUUGCUGGUGAUGUGUCUUUGAGUGCAGGUGUCUGAGCGGGGCGUUGUGUGUCACUUAUUAACCAGCAUGGGAGCUACAGGUUGAGCGGGCGGCGUCACAGCUCACCUGCUGCCACGUGGGUCCUGGAGGACUGUGUCCGGAACAGCCUUAAGGAGCAACACCCACUCUGAAACAUGCGUCUGCUUCCACGCCGGCGUAUGUCCCCGCUAAAGCUGGUGCUUCUUGGGGGGACUAUCUUCAUGGUGGCCCUGGUGGUUCUCCAGAGGGACGUUGGCUCUUCAUCAGCUGGGGACCCCUGGUUGCAGGACCUAGUGAACAGGAAGGACAAGAUGAUGGUCAUGGUCCGAGACGCUGUCAACAACAUCGGCUUCCAGAUCGGAGCCCCGCAGCCGCCACCGGUGCAGGAUCAGCCCACCGAAGACGCCAACUGCCCCUCUGGAUUUUACACUCAAGCUGAACUCAAACCUCAUCUAGAGAGACCUCCUCAGGACUCCCAAGCCCCUGGGGCUGAUGGGAGGCCCUUUCAAAAAGACCACAUGAGCCCAGAGGAGGAGAAGGAGAAAGAGGAAGGCAUGACACGGCAUUGUUUCAACCAGUUCGCCAGUGACCGGAUCUCACUCAGCCGAAGUCUUGGGGAUGACACAAGGCCUCCGGAGUGUGUGGAAAGGAAGUUUCGUCGCUGUCCUCCUCUGCCUACCACCAGCGUGGUGAUAGUCUUCCACAACGAGGCUUGGUCCACACUCCUCAGGACAGUGCAUAGCGUCCUGCACACAUCUCCUGCUAUCCUGCUCAAAGAGAUCAUCCUGGUAGAUGAUGCCAGUACUGCAGAGCACUUGAAGGGCCGCCUCGAAGAGUACGUGCGCCAGCUGAAGAUCGUCCGUGUGGUGAGGCAGCUGGAGAGGAAGGGCCUCAUCACAGCCAGGUUGCUGGGUGCCAGUAUAGCUCAGGGUGAAGUGCUCACCUUCCUCGAUGCACACUGUGAGUGUUUUCAUGGUUGGCUCGAACCCCUGUUGGUCCGCAUUGUAGAGGAACCCACAGCAGUAGUUAGCCCAGAAAUUGUCACCAUCGACCUCAAUUCCUUUCAAUUCCACAAACCUGUGGCCACCAACCGCGCUUUCAACCGGGGCAACUUUGACUGGAGCCUGACUUUUGGCUGGGAGCCAAUCCCAGAGGAUGCAAAGAAGCUGCGCAAGGACGAAACCUACCCUGUAAAAACGCCUACUUUUGCUGGAGGUCUCUUCUCGAUCUCACAGAAGUACUUUGAGCACAUUGGAACAUACGAUGACAAGAUGGAGAUCUGGGGCGGUGAGAAUGUGGAGAUGUCAUUCAGGGUGUGGCAGUGUGGGGGUCAGCUAGAGAUCCUCCCCUGUUCUGUGGUCGGCCACGUCUUCCGCACCAAGAGCCCCCACACCUUCCCCAAGGGCACAGAGGUCAUCACUCGCAACCAGGUGCGCCUGGCUGAAGUCUGGAUGGACGACUAUAAGAAGAUCUACUAUCGUCGCAACAAUAAUGCUGCAGCUAUGGCCAGGGAGCACAAGUUCGGAGACAUCUCCGAUCGCCUGAAACUGAGAGAGCGGCUUCAGUGCAAGAACUUCACCUGGUUCCUAAACACAGUCUACCCAGAGGCCUUCAUUCCAGACUUAACACCAGACAAAUUUGGAGCAAUUAGAAAUGCUGGUUCUAAUACCUGCCUGGAUGUUGGAGAGAACAAUCAUGGAGGUAAACCUGUGAUCAUGUACCAAUGUCACAACAUGGGCGGCAACCAGUACUUUGAGUAUACAUCUCAAAAGGAGUUGCGUCAUAACAUCGGCAAGCAGCUGUGUCUUCAUGCCUCAGCCCAGUCAGAGCCGGUGAAGAUUGAACUGUGCCACCGGAAGGGGAAGGGCACCAGCUUGUCACCACAACAGGAGUGGAUCUUUACAGAGGAACAUCUUCUGAAGAAUCCCAGCAGCGGGAAAUGUUUGCAGCUCAAAGGAGGCCAGAUUCAGAUGGACUCCUGUAAUGCUGCUGAUCUCUUUCAGCAGUGGACCAUAAGCUGACCUCCCGGUCUGCCCGUCAGGUGACUUCUGGCACCUUGUGUCCCCCCACAGACUCGUCUCCGUGGAGCCAAAUCAACACUGAUCAAAGUGGACUUUGCUUGAUGCUUGAGGCAUGUGGCUGUGCUGAAUGUACAGUCGAAGACAAAGUCAAGACAGUCGCAUCCGUUUGAGACCCUCCGGUUGGUCUUAACUUAUUUUUAAUGUAUUUAUGAAGGAAACUCAGGAAGGACAUUUAACGGUGGUUGGGGAUCUUCAGACAGAGUAUGGACUUUGCUUUUAGGUGUGGCAGCUCGACUGUGACAAAGCUGAUCACAAUAAAGACUGUGAACUGCCAUCACCUUAAUUCACUGGAUUUUACACUCCAGCUUGAAAACUCACUAUUAAUGACUUUCUUUGCUGACAGUGAAUGUUGGAAUGUGAAAACAAGUCUAAAUACAGAAUAAUAUAUGAAAUGUCUGUUUUUUUUAAAAUAAAAAUCACUGUGUCAGAUAAAUGAUCAUUUGUAUACAAUAUAAGAUAAAUCUUUAUUUUUUUUAACAUCAUACUAACAAAUUACAAUUUCUAAAGGUUUCAUACGUAAAAAAGGGAAAUACAUUGAAGUUAUAACCAGCAUCUUUGUCCUUUCAUGGUUAAUUAUCCUAUUGUAUGUAAACAUGUACUGAUCUUGUAUUAGUACUAGAACUUUCCUUCUGCUGUAGAUGCUUGGUACUGAUUUACAAAAUGUACUGUGUCCUGAAGGAAUGAUUAACUCCAAGUCUUUGCUGUAGUUACUGAAACUACAAAUAUUAAAUAAUUGGGACUUUGAGCUGCUGUAGCUUAAAGUUGCCAAUCUGCAAAUGCU